AUUGUACAGAAAUGUUAAUGUCCAUCACACAACGUGCCUUGGUAGUCUACUAGUCAAUUAUGUCUGCCACAUUCCGAAAGUAAAGGAUUUGAUUUUCUUUUUCCAUAUAUUUUUAACUAGACACUUGGUAGGCAAAGGUGAAAUGCUGCUGUCAGAUUAUACAGUACUUCAUAAUAGUUGUUUACAAUUCUAUCAGUGGUUACUGUAUAUGUUUUGAGAUUGUAGACCGACCAUUCCUGUUGGUUAUAGAAUCUAAAAAAAAAAAAAAAAAAAAAAAGAGUGGUCCAUUUUUGCUGGUGUAAGAUCCGACCGAGCCGAGUGGGAGCUGCCAAACUCUGCGGAACUUCCAUGAUCGCUGGAGCAAACCCGGGUCACUGGGAUGUCAUAAGACCUCUGGGUCCCUUUUGGCUUUGUAGCCGUUGGUGGUGGGGUUUUUUUUUUCUACCUCGAAGAAUCUGCUCAACACAUAAAAAGUAAUUGAAUCAACGUUGAACUAUCAUGUGGUUAAAGCGUUGAAUCAACACUGAAGGGGAUCGUUGCGCUCAAUAUUGAAAUUUCAACCAAUUCUGACGAUAAAUCGCCAUGGAAGGAUCAAUGUCAUCUUGUCUUGUUAAUAAAGUUUUAUUCAGUAAGCGGAAGUCAUGCGACUACAUCCGGUUCAGUGAAAGUUGUGUCAGUUUAAAUUUCGGAUGUGAUCUCCCGUGCCGUAUCAAUCGGAUUGCGACUUUAUGAAGUAGAACUUGCAACAACAACGACGACGACUUGAAUAUUAAGUUUUACGUGAUAAGCGCCGUUAUGGUAGUCUAAAUGUUCUUUCGGCUCUCCACGUGGUAUGUCAACAACGUUCUGUGUCAAACCAGGACGUUGUGUUCGGCCUCGACAACAGACCUUUUGGGUUCCAUUAAGUCUCUACAGCAGCUCUUUGUGGAUCGGUACUAUGUUUCCCCUGGGGUGAGGAAUGUGGCUCUGUUCAAAAUGGGACUGGCGUGCAACUACGGACCUUUGGGAACAGAGCUCCGGAGCAACCUCCUGAAUCAGUGGUGGCUCUCGAUGUCCUCUUCCGGCGCGCAGAUUUAUGGAAUAAACACUCUUUGUCGUCACCUGGAGGUGGAUGGAGAGAACACGUUUCAAGAGCCAGACGAGAUCAGCAGGGAAAAGCUGAUGAAGAUGACCGGGAUCCUUCAAGAACCUCCAUCAAUGAGGACCAACCUUCUGCAGGGUGCCUUGGAUCAAUUCAUCCCUACGUUUGAGCUGAUGAAUAAGAAGCUCCCCUUUGGCCUGGCUGAGACAGGUACCUGUUUCCAGUCAUUGGAUGGCUCUGGCUGUAAUUUAGCAGAGGUCACCCAGGCAUCUCUGGUGUGGUUUUGCUCUCCCCGUACCUCAUCCCAGUGGCUGGAUCACUGGGCUCGUCACAGGCUGAAGUGGUGGAGGAAGUUCGCUCUGUCUCCAUCCGACUUCAGCUCCAGUGACGUCAAAGAGCAAGAUCUUGAAGUAGCUGCAUCUCGUGGCAUUCAGAUAUCCUACAACUUCCCAUGGGGUCAAGAACCAAUAGAGUUGCUGUGGAGUAGAGGAGAUACAGAGCUAUUGCAGAUGCACAAAGGAAACCGCUCAAAACUGCAUUGUCGUGAUGGGCGCAAAACAGUGCCUCAUGUGAUCGCAGUAUCUGGAAACAUGGACCGUGGAUUGCUGGCCUUCCUGUCUAACUCACUCCUCAGGAGAGAAGACACCAAACAGAGACUGCAGCAGCGAAAGGUCCUGAGAUUGCAUCCCCUUUUGGCUCCAGUGAAAGUGGCGCUAGAUAUCAACAGGGGACCAACAGUGGAGCUAAGACGGGUUUGUGCUGGACUUCUGCAAGAAUUUUUGGAGGCGAAAAUUUCUGCUUGGCCUGGCUAUCUUGAAACUGCGCCAACAUCCAUGGAGCAGCUCACCACCAAGUAUGAUGAGAUGGGAGUACUUUUUACCAUCCUGAUCAGUGAGAACACACUGGAGAGUGGCCUCCUUCAAGUGCGGAGCCGAGACACCACCAUCAGAGAGACCAUGCACAUUUCUGAGGUCAAGAACUUCAUCUCUAGAUACAUUACCGCUGCAGAUAACAUCUAAACGGAUUCUGGAGAAUAGCUAUAGUAAGAAAAAAAAAGAAGUUGUGAAAGUGUUUGCUUGAGUUUUAUUAACUGUUAUUUAUAUUAAAAAUAAACACAAAUAAUCAAAUCAAAUCCUGUUUGUCCCCUUUGUCUUUAUAUCUGUUCUUUAAAUUAUUGUUAAUUACAUUUUAAACAUGUUAUCUCAGAAAAGAAAGCAUUACAGGUCAAAAGGGCACGUACACAAUCGGAGUUACAGUCACCGCGCCAUCAGAAACCGUUAAAUAAG